AUGUUGAGGCGUUUUGAUCCUACACAUGUUGUUUUGGUGGAAUAUUUGAAAAACAUUGAUCCUAAUGUUCAAACAGGGAUUUUGUUGCCAAGGGAAGAGAAGAAGUCUUGUCGUUCGAAGAAGAAUGAACCGGGUUCUUUUGAAAACCUUGUUACUGAAACUAAGUCAAAGAAGUCUCCAAAGAAGAAGCCUAGUGAAGUUAAGGAGCCAGUGGUAAAUGAAGUGUCUGUUGAUGUGACUAUUCCAAUUGAGCCCGCUGUUGAAGAUACUCAAGAGAAAGUGGUUAUUCCUUCGAAGACUGGUGUUUUUCGAAGAAUAAAAAAGAAGUCUAAGCAUACACGACAGUCUCCGACUCUUAAUGUGGUAAGAAAGCCUCAUGUUACUCAUCAGGGUCUCAUUAUUCUUGAAAUACCAACUCCUGUUUCUCUAUUUUCUAAGAAAUGA